CGAUAAAACGAAUCCCGCUACACUGUAGUUACAUCCGGGGUCAAAGUUGAUAUUUCCAUGUGCCUGGAUGUAGGUCAUACCAUCAAUUUCAGGAAAUUCUCUUUUUUUUUUUAACAUAUGAACGAAAAGGUUGAAUUCUGAGACAAAAAAGAAAAAAGAAACAAAAACAGUUACUUGCGUAGCACAUUUAAAAUCGGGUUUACUUCUUGUGCUAGCCGACGUUAGCUUCACCAGUGUGAUUCAUUUUAGCAUCACUGUGCCCCCCAAAUUAUGAUCAACAUGCCCAAAAUGGCUUAGGACAUGUUUAAAACCAGGCUGUCGUUCAGCGCAUUGGUUACCAGUAGACGGAUAGCAGCUGCAAACGGUGGUCUUUUUAAAUUGCUUUCAAUCAUGAGUGAACCAUCCCAAAAAGAACGUGCUGCCAAUGUCUUGAAACGAUCCAACGAAGAAAUUGAGGUUACUCAAACCUCUAAGAGAGCCAAGUCAGACAAAGACAACACUGAAGACGAUAAGCGAUACCCCAAAAAGAAAGUAAUUCUACUUAUGGCAUACUGUGGCAAGGGAUAUUAUGGAAUGCAGAGAAAUCCUGGGAACGCACAGUUCAAGACAAUAGAAGACGAUCUCGUCACAGCGCUUAUCAAAUCGGGCUGCAUUCCUGAAAACCAUGGCGAUGAAAUGAAGAAAAUGUCUUUCCAGAGAUGUGCCAGGACUGAUAAGGGUGUGUCAGCGGCGGGCCAAGUGGUGUCUCUGAAGCUGUGGAUGAUUGAAAAUAUUGUUGAAAAAAUCAACGAGCACCUGCCACCUCAAAUCAGAAUCCUCGGUCUGAAACGAGUAACCCAAGGCUUCAAUUCCAAAAACAACUGUGACGCUCGCACAUAUUCUUACAUGCUUCCAACCGUGGCCUUUUCUCACAAAGACUGCGACACGGCAGCUUUUCGCCUCGAUCCCGAGACGCUCCAGAGGGUCAAUCUUCUGUUUGCACGAUACAAAGGAACCCACAACUUCCACAACUUCACAUCCCAAAAGGCGUCGAAGGACCCAAGCGCGCGGCGCUACAUCACGGAGAUGUCGUGCGGAGAGCCUUUUGUCCUCAGUGAUAAUGAAUUUGCUGUCAUAAAAGUGCGAGGCCAGAGCUUUAUGAUGCACCAAAUCCGUAAGAUGAUCGGCCUCGUGAUCGCGGUCGUUAAAGGGUACGCGGAAGAGAACGUUAUCGACCGCAGUUGGGAGCAAGAAAAAGUAGACGUACCCAAAGCCCCCGGACUCGGCUUGGUCCUGGAGAGAGUCCACUUCGACAGGUACAACAAGCGCUUUGGAGGGGACGGGGUGCACGAAUGCCUCGAAUGGGACGGUGAAGAGGAAGCCAUCAAGGCCUUCAAGGAAGCUCAUAUUUAUCCCACCAUUGUGGAGACGGAGUGCCAGGAGGGCUCCAUGCGCAGCUGGAUGGCCACGCUGCCCAUACAUGACUUUCAUGGCACAGCCACCGAAACUCACAAUAAUAAGGAGCAAAAACAGGAAGAAGCAGAUUUCGCAAAUGACUCUGAUUAAGAAGACACACCCGCAGUCUUUUUUUUUUUUUUUUUAAUUAAAAAACAUUUGUUUUCAUUUUUAUUGUGAUUUUUAAGUAGUUUUUUUUUUCAUUGGGCUGUUUAUGGUUUCUUAAAU